AUGUCUAGAUUAGAUGAAGUACUUAUGUUCCAUUCAUAAAAAACAUUAAAGUUUUAAGAGAGUGCAAUUUUAUAGGAUGAUAAUUCAUCAAAAAUAAAACUAGAUUUUAAUGAAGAAUUAAAGCAGUCAUAAUUAAGUUACAAUUACAAAGAGCGUCCAUCUGAAAAUUAGAAAUAUGAUAAAGAUAAGAAAUAAAGUAAACAUACAGCAAAUAAUUCACCAUAAACCAAUCAUAAAAGUCACAACAAGGAGAAUAUUGAAGUAGAAUUUAUUACAAAAAAAGAAAAAAGAAUAAACAAUUACAGUUUUAGUGCUUGUUCAAGUAGAUCUCAUAUUAGAGGAAUGUCAAUUAAACCAGCAAAAAAACAAGUUUAUUAAGACAAACAUUCAUCUGUUAAAUAAAGAUGGAAAUGA